AUGAAUCACAAUAUUUCUCCGUUUGUGAUCGGUGAACCAUCGACGGUGGGAAAGAGAUGGACGGCGUGGAAACGGUCGUUCGAACUCUAUUUGGCGUGCAACGCUGAUAUUACUGUGGAAAAGAAGAAAGCUUUGUUUUUACAUCUGGGUGGACUGGAAGUGCAAGAAGCAUUUUUCGAUGAUCCAAAGAGUAAUGAAGAGCCUGCAGAAGGGUCUGAUGUCUAUCAGAAGACAGUGGAGAUACUUGACAAUCAAUUUAAGCCAAUCGUAUGUAUUCCGCAUGAACGAGCGGUGUUUCGGAAAAUGUCUCAAAAAGAGGAAGAAAGUGUUGCGCGAUUUGUGAGUCGAUUGCGUCAUCAAGGGAACGUGUGUGACUAUGGAAAUGCUCUAGAUAUGCGUAUUACAGAGCAAAUCUUCGACGGUUGUAUUUCUAAUGCGUUACGUGGUGAAAUAUUAAAGAAACGGCUGGUAGAGCUGGCCGAUAUUCUCGAAGAGGGAAGAAUUUUGGAAACGAUCGACAUGAACCAACGGGAAAUAGUGAAAGAAGAAAAUUUUCAGAGUGUAAACAAAAUUAAAAGUGCAGGUAACAGGUGUUUCCGCUGCGGUUCUCUGGGACAUUUCGCUAACGACAAAAAGUGUCCAGCUCGCAAGAAAGAAUGCGAUAAAUGUGGAUUAGUAGGACAUUUUAAGAAGCUGUGCAAAACAAAGAAUCCAGCGAUAAAGAAAAAGAAGAAAAUACAACAGGUAGAAGAUUCGGAUGAAGAGGAAGAAUUGUGCGCGGAGGAUGCAAGAGAUUGUGAAAGUGAUGAAAGUGAUAUCUACAAUGUUUUCGCUCUGAAAUCACAACCCGGAAAAUGCUUGGCUGUGCAAAUCGGGAAUAAAUACAAUACGAAAGUGAAUUGCUUGGUUGGGGGCGUAUCGUUAGAAUGGAUGAUAGAUUCAGGUGCAUCUGUAAACGUGAUCGGCGAAGAUACAUGGAAACAGCUUAAACAAAAAGGUUGUAAAGUGAGUUAUAUCAGCAAUGAAACGCGUAAAAAGUUAAUGGCAUAUGGGAAUAACAAGUUGGACGUGAAAGGAGUUUUCAAAGCAGAUAUCAGCGUUGGAUCAACAACAGUGCAUCGAGAAAUAUAUGUCGUCAAGGGAAGCGGUGCGAACCUGCUAGGCCGAGUUACUUCAAUGGAUCUUGGCGUUCUACGUAUCCAAACAGAGGUGCAUCAAAUCCUGCAGGAGAAAACAGGUAAGAUUGGCAAAGCUAGAAACCUGUUAAUAUCUAUAAAUAUCAACCGAGAUGUAUACCCCGUACAACAACCUUGUCGGAGGCUGCCAAUUCCUCUGCAGAAAGUAGUAGAUGAGGAAAUCCAAAAACUAUUAAGUCAAGAUAUUAUCGAACCAGCCACCGGGAAGAUAACAUGGGCUUCACCUUUGGUCGUAACACCGAAAGACGGAGGUCGACGUGUACGUUUAUGCGUGGAUAUGCGAAAAGCAAAUACAGCCAUUAUUCCGCAAAGACAUCCUCUUCCCACAUUUGAAGAGAUGAUGCCUCAUUUGAACGGAUGCAGAGUAUUUUCGAAGAUCGAUCUUAACAAUGCAUUUCACCAGUUAGAACUGCACCCCGAUUCACGCGACAUCACAACUUUUGUGACAACCAAAGCAUAUUACCGUUUUAAACGUUUAAUGUUUGGUAUGAAUUGCGCGGCUGAAAUAUUUCAGCGUGAGCUGGAACGAAUUCUGAAAAACCUGGAUGGAGUAGUUAACUUUAUCGAUGAUAUAGUGGUGUUUGGUCGUACAAUGGCCGAGCACAAUCAGCGCCUGGCAGCUGUCAUGAGAAGACUGAACGACAGUGGAUUAACUACAAAUGAACAAAAAUGUCAGAUCGGUCGUUCCGAAGUUACAUUCAUGGGACAUGAAUUAUCCGCUAGAGGAAUCCUACCCGCGGAGACGAAAAUAAGCGCAAUAAAAUCGUUUCGACGACCAGUGUCAGCAGAGGAAGUCCGAAGCUUUCUUGGCUUGGCAAAUUAUGUGGGAAAAUUCAUCCCCAAUUUGUCAACGGUCAGUGCACCACUACGCGACAUGAUUCGCAAUGGAAGCAAAUUUCGAUGGAAUAAGGAAAUGGAUAAAUCCUUCAAUGCGAUUAAGGACAUGCUUUGUAACCCUAAACACCUUGGAUUCUACAAUGCUGACAGUGACACUACACUAAUCGUGGAUGCUAGUGCUACGGGAUUGGGUGCCGUUCUACUACAAACCGAUGCUGGGAAGCAGCAUGUAAUAAGUUAUGCGAGCAAAAGUUUGUCAAAAAUUGAGCGUAAGUAUUCAGUUUUGGAUAAAGAAGCCAUGGCAAUCUAUUGGGGUGUUAAUCGAUUUGAGAUGUAUUUGCGCGGGAAAGAAUUCAAAGUUGUUACGGACCACAAACCACUUCUGAAAAUAUUCUCUACAGAUUCUAAUCCAAACGCGAGACAGCAACGCUGGGUACUCAACCUGCAAGGAUAUCGAUUCACAUUGACGUACGUUCCAGGUAAAACUAAUAUUGCCGAUCCGCUUUCACGGCUGGCACAAGUCGAUAGUCGUAGCUGCGAUAAUUCAUGUGAAAAAGACUUAUGGGCUAUUGUUGAAAGUGCUUUGCCAUCGACGGUAUCUAUGACAGAAAUAAUACAAGCUUCUGAAGAAGACGCCACAUUUGAGAAACUUCGCAGCGCGAUUAACGUGGGAACAUGGACCAGUGAUUUGAAACAGUAUUACCCCUUUCAAGGUGAGCUGUGCCGCGUGAAUAAUUUAAUAUUACGGAUGAACAGAAUCGUAGUUCCUGAGAGGCUUCGCGCUAGGGUUCUAGAUCUAGCACACAGCGGACACCCAGGGUGUAACAAGAUGAAGCGGAGAUUGAGAGCAGCGUUAUGGUGGCCUGAGAUCGACAAAGCCGUAGAGUUGAGGUGUAAGCAAUGUCUACAAUGUCAAGCCGUAGGAAAAGGACCUAACCCUGAACCACUGCAGAUCAGAGCGAUGCCAACAAAACCGUGGAGCCACCUGAGUGCAGAUUUUCUGGGACCGCUACCGAAUAACAAGUUUCUGUUCGUACUUGUGGAUUACUACAGUCGAUAUUGCGUGGUGGAAGAGAUGAUAACAACCACUUCUGCUGCUAUCAUUAAACGCCUCGAACGCAUAUUUACAAGACUGGGAUUGCCCGAUGUUCUGACGACAGAUAAUGCAGCUAACUUUUGCAGCCAGGAAUUUAAAGACUUUUGCGUCGAUAACGGCAUUCGCCUUACACAUACAACACCAUAUUGGCCCGCUGCUAACGGAGAAGUUGAGCGGCAGAAUCGCUCAAUUCUGAAAGCGUUGAAGAUCGGGCAGCUGAACAACGAAAGUACGGAAAAAAGCCUGCAGCAGUAUCUAUAUAUGUACUCUGUUACCCCACACUCAGUUACAGGUGCAUCACCAGCAGAGCUAAUGUUUGGCAGACGUUUCAAAGAUCGGUUUCCUCAUAUAGAAUGCGAAAAGAUAGUGGAUGAAGAAGUAAAGGAUCGAGACCUCGUAGCAAAAUAUAAUUCGAAACUAUAUCGCGAUAAAAGUGUUAAUGCUAAAGAAUCUGAUAUUUCCGUUGGUGACCAAGUCUUAAUGAAGAUGCACCAUAAACCAAAUAAAUUGGCUCCAAAUUUCCAUCCUAAUCCAGCUCUGGUUAUAAAUAAAACCGGUAACAGUGUCACAGUUAAAUCAGCGAGCGGAAAUAUAUAUCGGCGCAAUUCAAGUCAUCUAAAAUCUGUUCCAGCUACUUCGAGCAUCAAUAACUACGCCAAUCGAGAAUUAGAAGCGGACGCUGAUCCUACAGUGUCAGAUAACACAUCAGCAGGGAGCGGACAAACAGUUGUGACAAAUGAAUCGUCGGAAACUCCAGCUGACCGUCCGAAGCGUCAAUUAAGAAUACCUGUGAAGUUUAAAGACUACGAUAUGAAUUUUCAGUAA